AUGGCUCAAGAAGUCCAAGGGCAGAGUCACGGCGACUCUCCCAGCAAUCCUCUAGUUUCUGCUCCGACGUCGACAUCUCCCUCUCUAGCUCCCAUCGCCGCGUCUGCUGCUCCCCCAGCCUACGCCGCCAGUUCAGCAACCGCACCUCAAACUGCUGCAGCCGAUACGACCCUCCCGUCCAUCGCCGCCGCCAUUGCUGGCACCUCUUCCUCAACACCAUCGGAUAACCCGACCGCCUCGACCGCCUCCGCAGCUCUUCCCUCCGCACCCGUGCCCGCCGCCGACCCCGACGUCCCCGCUGCCUUAUUCGCGCCGACAUCUACGCCGGCCUCGGCUGCUGCUGUCUCUGCUGCCCCGUCCGCGGUCCCUCAGCAGAACGGCGACAGCAGGGCCUCCGAGGGUGCAUCGACGCCCUCGUCCAAUCCGGAAAUGUCCAACCAGCACCCAGGAGCUCCCCAUGGCCAGCCUGUGAGCUAUCCAGGUCCCUCGACGCCGUACGCCACGACGGUUGGCGCGACCACCGCCCAGUAUGCUUCUUAUCCUGCUGUGACGAGCCAACAACCGGUCGAUGCCUAUCGACCGAACCCCAUGCCCGUUGGGAGCAACGUCAUGUCACUACCGAGCAUGCGUACGAUCGAUCCGGUCCCCCAACAACCGGGGCCGUCCGUGACGAAUCCCCAGGGCAUGCAGAUGAGCAUGCCCAUGGCGCCUGUGUCGGGAGGUUUGCCAUUCUAUGGCCACCACGGAAUGCCGAUGGCUGCGGGUUACGGGAUCCCCUCGGACCCCAUGUCUCGAUACGCGCUUCCGCACGAUCCACGACUGUUGGGACAUAGGGGGCCAAAAAAGGAAAUUAAGCGUCGGACCAAGACAGGAUGUUUAACCUGCCGAAAACGCAGGAUCAAGUGCGACGAGACUCAUCCUACCUGCAACAACUGCAAAAAGUCAAAACGCGAGUGUCUCGGAUACGAUCCGAUCUUUCGACAGCAACCGGGCGGUCAAUCGUCGUCGAAUAUUCAGCCUGCGCCCUCGAGCCAACGCACUCCACCUGCGAUACCGAGCUCUGUGCCCUCGACGAUCCCCUCGUCAAUCGCGACCAACCCGGGCCUACCUGCACGGGCGACCAACUCCUACGGUAGUCAGCCGUCUAUGCUCCCAAGCUCCUACGCUACUGCACACGCGACCACUGCCAGCCCCAACCCGUCCAUCACCUCGCUCAGCUACGAGUCCAGCCUCUCCACCGUCGCGUCUCCUCCCAUCAAGUCCGAGUCCGGAUACGAAUACUCAUCCGCAAUCGAUCCGGCACUGCAAAGCCUAGCUUCAUCAUCGGCCCAGGACGGCUCAAGACCAGUUGACCAAAAGCCUAUGGUGGACAACAACCUGCAUCUCAGAGCCAAGAGAAUGAAGAUCGAUGAGAUUAUCGACCUCCUGGGCGCAGCCCCACCUACCCAGCAGACGGCUCAAACUGAGGAAGUCCUCAAUGAGGUGACCAAGGUGUAUCAUGAGAUGUACGCACCCGGGCUGAGCUCCUUCUUUGAGACUGGGUGGUACUACUUCGCGGAGAGUGGAAAGAUGUCGUUUCCUCGGGACCCACGCUUGAUGGACUUGAUGGCGUCCUUUCUCAACAUCCUGGAGGCCGUGAGGGCCAACGACCAUGCCCAGAUGGCGUAUUCUGGUAUUCUCGAAACACGUAUUGUGUGGGAGCUUGCUCGGACCUCGUACCAGUCCCCUGACCAGGCACCUUCCAUGGGUACCAUGGCACUACCUCGAGAUGGUGACGCAAACGAGGCUAAGAACCGCGUCAAGGUUGUGGAAGCACUCUUGUGUGGUGACUAUUUGCAGGCCAACCCCCUUUGCCCGCCUUUGCAGGAUGUCGACCCUCACCGGACCCGUCAGUUUGAUUUCUGGUACAAUCUUGCAGAAUUUGUUCGCAUACGCGAGAACCCAACACUACAGCCGGCCGUCAAAGCGAGGGACGAUGUUCUUACCCGGAUGCGUUAUCUUCUUGAUGGUCGCGAGAAUCGAGAUGUUCUCUACUCGAUUGCGGUUGUCCGGGAACUGUCGCCUCACUUCGACCCUAGUUAUGGCAACACAAUUCCCGCGCACCUGGAUGAGAGCGACCCCAAGAACAGGCUCGCAGUGGCCUCCAAGUUUAUUCUGGAUGAGUCCCAAGUCACAGGAGGUACAACCAACGUGGUGCGGCGGUUCAGCGAUAUUGCCUACAGAUCGUUUGUUAACCCGGGCGUCAACGUUACUCGGAGGACUUAG